UCGCCCCCAGCCCACAAGCCGGCUGACAGGGUCCUCGUCCUCGUCGCCAUCUCCGGUUUUCACCCCCGGUACCCUAACCCUAGCCGCCCGAGGCGGAGUCCCCUCUCCUGACCGCGACCCGGCGCCCUCGCCUCCGCCACCGAGCCGGCCGCCGGUCGAUCCAGAUGAACACGCCUCCGUCCAGAUCUAGGGCAAUGAUGGGAGGCUGGGGGGUUUCGGAUGGGUACGAGGGAUCAAAGAGGCCACGAAUGAUGAUGGAAUCGAAUCCCUACUUCGCAGUGAACGCAGGGAGUCCAUUGGAUGUCUCAAAGAGGGCCAGGAUGAUGGAACCAGGCCCUCCCUAUUUUGGGGCUAUGGGCAGCAAUGCUGGUGGUGCCAGUGGUGCCUUCUACCAGCCCUUCAACAGCAGCUUAGCUGGUGCAGGGGUUAGCACUGGCGUCCAAAACUUUCCAGGUGUCCGGCUGCGGGGACUUCCUUUUGACUGCAACGAAGUUGACAUCUGCAAGUUCUUUGCGGGGCUGGAAAUAGUGGAUUGCCUCCUGGUUAACAAGAAUGGCCGCUUUACUGGUGAGGCUUUUGUGGUCUUUCAGGCGUCCAUGCAGGCAGAAUUUGCACUCCAUCGCAACAGGCAGAACAUGGGCCGGAGAUAUGUUGAGGUGUUUAGAUGCAAGAAGCAGGAGUACUACUGCGCAAUAGCCAACGAGGUGAACCAAGGUGGGUACUUUGAGCCUGAGUACCGCCGCUCCCCACCACCUCCAAGGCCGAAGAAGCCGGCUGAAGACAAGGGCAGCAUGGAGUACACUGAGGUGCUGAAGCUCCGUGGGCUUCCCUACUCUGCAACCACCGAGGACAUCAUCAAGUUCUUCCUGGAAUAUGAGCUGACAGAAGAGAAUGUGCAUAUUGCGUACCGCUCUGAUGGGAAGGCUACCGGUGAAGCCUUUGUUGAGUUCCCCACAGCUGAAGUUGCAAAGACGGCUAUGUGCAAGGAUAAGAUGACCAUCGGGACAAGGUAUGUGGAGCUGUUCCCAUCAACCCCAGAGGAGGCCAGGAGGGCGAAAUCUCGAGGCAGGCAAUGAAGAAAUACUUUUGCUGGAUGCUCUGGUUGUAUGCAGCAGCUGUGUUCGAGUUUAGCUUUCUAUCUGAAUGCUUACUGUAUCGCUGUUAGGUUGUGCUAGUCAGUGUCGUCCUGUUGCUACUGCUCGUGCGGUGACUUAUUUUAUGCGAACCAAAAUGUAACUGUCAUCCUCUGUUGGGUGCACUUGUAUGGCAUAAAUCAUUCAUGGAUUUUGCUUUAGUUUCUGAAAGUGUCCUGUUUCUUUUGUUGAUGCUGGGAUUGGAUGAAA